UGUGGUGGUAGGGUAGGUGGACACAAGCCAGGAAGAACAAGAACUUACUCAGUAUCAAAAUGUACGUUUUAGUGGGUGAACAUGGAGUCAAAAGAAUACGCGCAUUGCGUGCAGUUGAUACUUGAUCGAGUAAAUAAUACAUUAAUAGUAGAAAAAGAAAAAGACAGAUAUGAAGAGGAGAAAUAGAUAUCGCUAGAAGCGAUAUAUUAUAUUAUUAUUAGUGUAGGAAACAUCAAUUCUCUUCGUUCGAUUAAUAAGUUUCAAUCGAAAUGCAUAAAUUUCUUUGAUGAUUAUAAGACAUAAUCAUCAAAGAUCAUUUUUAUAACCGUCAACAAUUUCAGCAAAUCCAGAAACUAUCGAAAUCACUAGAUUUAGUGAUACAUUUGCCAACACAGCAACCUUGUUCAUAUCAUAACCGACAAAUUUCGAAAAACGUAAACUUUAGACGAUUAAAUCAUAUAAAGAUGGCUUGUGAAGCAUGCAAAACAAAAUUUAAUUUAUUUAAACGAAGAAAACAAUGUACGGGCUGUCUAAGGUAUUUUUGUUCCGAGUGCCUUAUAAAGCGUAUUGACAAAACAUUUAAUUGCGAAAAUUGUGGUAUGCUAUCACGAAGACCACUUAUUCGUAGUCAGAUUAUGCAAAUGCGUUCUAGAGAUUUACGCCAAUAUCUUAUAGCAAAAAAAGUAUCAAUCAAAGGAUGCGUAGAAAAAGAAGACUUAGUAAAUUUACUAUUGAUAUAUGCAAAUGGUUCAGCAGAUAAUUUAGUAGAUGAAAGGAAUUCUACAAUAAAGCCAAGUACCCUAACAGAAGAACUACCUCAAACAAGUUCUGCGAGUAGUACAUUACCUGAAACAUCAAUACAAUUAGAAAAUCAUACAAAUGCAAUGAAUGAGGAAAGAAACACAGAACACAUAGAGUUGGAAUCAGAAUGUGUAACAGUUAAUAAUAUAGAAAUAGAAGAAGCAUCGGCAGGCGAUUGUAGUCCAGAUAGUGGACCAGAGCCUUUAAUUACCGAACAAGAUGAAGAUUCAGAAACAUUAGAUAUAAAACAAUCAGAUAUGUUAACAGAAAUUCCUGUGUGGUCAGGUCUUGUCAAGCUAACAGAUAUAAAUGAAUUAUCACAAUUGGAACACUUAAGUGUAAAACAAUUAAAAACUCUUUUAAUAACAAAUCGUGUUGACUUUAAAGGUUGUGUUGAAAGGUGUGAAUUGUUGGACAGAGCAUCUAGAUUAUGGGAAGAACAUAAUCAAGCAAGAGCAGAUAUAGAUAAUAUGGAUAAAGAAGAUAUUUGUAAAAUUUGCUGGGAUGCGCCUAUAGAAUGUGUCAUUUUAGAAUGUGGUCAUAUGGCAUGUUGUAUUAAUUGUGGGAAACGAAUGUCCGAAUGUCCCAUAUGUAAACAGUAUGUUGUUCGAGUUGUGCGAUUUUUUAAAGCUUGAUAAAGGAAGUAAUUUUAAUAACUAAACUUAUGGCAUUUAAAUUUUUGAAUAUACAAAAAAGAGUAAAUAGAAAAAAAUAUCUAGAAUUACUCUAUUUGCUUUACAAUUAAUUUAUUAGUGAAGAAUCGAAAUAGAAUUUCAAACAUUAAUGUAUGCCUUCGAAAAAUGAAUAUUUUAAAAUCUAAUACAUAUACUCAGAAAAUAUUACAUUAAAAACAGUAUUGAACGUUCUAUUUCUACAAAUGAGUAUUUGUAACAACUAUUUCAUAUAUAUUAAAGAUAUAAUUACUGUAUAACUGCAUAUAUUAAAAACAACAGCGGAUUCCAUAUUAUUAGAAAGUAUAUUCAGUAAUCAUUAUAUAUCAUUAAGAAAAUUAUAUUGCAUUAUAUAUAUAUUACUAAAUCUUUAUAAGAAUUAGAUCUCAAUGGUUGUAAGAACGUUUGUAAAAAAGCUGUGAUAUUCCCAUAUUAUCACAAGUAGAUAGAUAGCUAUGUAUAGGUUAAAUGUACAAAAUAUAUUCUUUAAAUAUUAGGUACCAUAUGUACCAAAUUCGAGAAUGUGAUAUAUAGAAUUUCCAGAGAAGGAAAUCAUCAUCACUUAUUACCUCUAAAAUAUACAUGCAAAAUAUUCUGUUUAUUUGCUCAAUAUUUAGAAAAAAAUACAGAUAAUUUUUUAUGUCUUUUAAUAUUUUUUAAACAUAAUAGUAGUUUUUAUCAUUAACACAAUAAAUGAAUGUAUUUUUUCAUAGAACAAAUUACUUGAUUCUACAUAAAAAAUAAUGUACAUAUUAAUUAAUAGAAAAAAAUAGAUUUGAAAAUGUAUUAUGCCAAAAUAUCUGUAAAUAAUAUCA